GACACUUAAGGUGAGACGCUGACUUACGAUUUUAAUUUAUAAAAUAAUAAAUAAGAUAUACAGGAAGAUAUUUGUUUUGUUAAUUAAAUAAAAUAACAUAUUUAUUUAUUCAAAUAAAAAUAAUUUAAAAAUUGAUCGUUUUCUAUUCGGUAAAGCAUUGAGGGAUAGUUGCAGUCAUAAAAAGGAAAAUUACCUAAUUAUGGCUAGUGACGAUCCUAUUGCAAAUGCACCACUUGCUUCUGUUGAGUUUGAAGUAUUCGGAAAAGUUCAGGGCUGUUACUUUACAAAAUAUACACGUGAUUUAUGUAGAUCACUCGGAAUUGUCGGCUGGGUAAAAAACAGUAAAACCGGUAGUAUUUUAGGAAAAAUGCAAGGACCUAAACCAUAUGUCGAUCAAAUGGCCCAUUGGCUGACGACUGUCGGCAGCCCAGGAUGUCAAAUUCAUCAUACAGAAUUCACGAAUUGGGAAACAAUCAGAAGGACAUCGUACCGAGAUUUUGGAAUACGUUUUUGAUUUUUGAUUUUUACUAUCGAUUAAUUAUUACUUAUAACUCAUCCAUGAAUUAUUUUUUUAAUUUAUUAUUAAUUUAAUAAUUAUUAAUAAUAUAA